UAAAAAAUUAUCCACCGCUCACGUGUUCGGCUUGUACGAAGUUCCGUGAACGUAGCGUGAUGGUUGUGGUGCAGUAUCUCGAACUCUACUACAAUUGCACCAGCGCGGUCGCGAAUCUCGACGCUUUGACGCUCUUCGCGUGCGGCAUUCUCGCCGUGUUGAAGAUCGUGUGGUUCCGCGUGUACGCCGACAAUCUCACGUGCAAUUAUUCUUCCGCCAUGAGCGAUUAUCGCGCGAUGGACACCGAGGAGAAGCGCGUUAUCGUGCGAAAACACGCCUUCUUCGGGCGAAUAAUCAGCAUCAUCGCCCUGUUGAUCUCUUACGUCGAUUCGGCGGUGUUUAUCGUAGGACACGCGCAAGUGAGCAGCGAGGAGGCUCAUCUCAACAUAUCCGUCUGGGGCCAUCGAGCGGGAUACGCCGUUCCGUCAACGUGCACCUUGGCCCAUUUUAACAUCUCGACGGGUUUGUAUCUGAUCAUUUUCGCGCUGGAGUGCAUCUACCUCGUUAUUAUGUGCAUUAGCAAUCAUGGUAGCGAUGCUCUGUUCCUUCACAUUACGUUGCACGUUUGCGGCCAGUUGAAAAUUCUGAAGAUCCAGUUCAACAACUUCGACGUUGCGAGUCCGAAUGUUUACGAGCGUUUUAACGCGCUAAUCUUACGGCACGAUCAUUUGAUAAGAAUGGCCAGGAAACUCGCUGAUGCAAUUAGCUUUGUGCUGAUAGUGCAACUUUUUAUCAGCAGCGUGCUCAUAUGUAUAGUGGGAUUUCAAUUUAUUAUUGCGAUGACAACCGGCGAUUUUGGCAUGAUGUCGAAAAGUUUCAUGGUGCUUAGCGCUUUUCUGGCGCAGCUGACGGUAUACAGUUUCGUCGGUGAUUACUUGAAAUCGCAGAUGGAAGAAGUCGCUCUGUCCGUUUAUCAGUGCGACUGGUACAAUCUUCCCGCGAAGUUGGCGAGAAACAUGGUCUUCAUCAUGAUGUGGACUCAGCUCCCGAUCAAACUUCAAGCUGGAAAUUUUAUCGUGAUGGAUCUGGCGACCUACAUGAGCAUUCUGAAAACGUCUGCUUCGUACUUGUCCGUCCUUCGUGUAAUGGUGGAGACAUAAAACGCGCUCGAAGCAAUUAAACAAAAAUUUCUACCAAAUGGAUAUCU